UAUACACGAAGCAGACUCAUCAAUUAUAUUUCGAAGUAUAUUUUAGAUACGUGUGUGGAUUGUACUACACUAGAUAAGAUCUUACAUUAAUCAAUGCAUGCAUGUUGCUAUUACUUGUUACAAUAAUCCAUUCAGAUCUGUGGUGACAAUUACACCAACAUGGGCACAAAUUAGGGAAAAAAAAGAAGAAAAAUCUCUCAUUACUCCAAUCAAAUCAAUUGCUUCAUCUCUUCAACUGUUUUCCUACCUACCAUCCUCUAUUAACAACUAAAACCAUAAUGGAGUUUUGAGUGAUUGGGCACAAAUUAAGAGUUGGGAGAAAUGGAGAGCAAAAAGGCUUUUGCAGUAGCUUUUUCUCUGCAGAUUCUCUCCUUGGUCUCCUCUCUUGAUAGGAGCCAAUUCCCACCACACUUUCUAUUUGGGACUGCAACUUCCUCUUUUCAGAUUGAAGGUGCAUACUUAGAAGGUAAUAAAGGCCUGAGCAAUUGGGAUGUUUUCAGUCACAUUUACGGGCAUAUUAACGACGGAAGCAACGCUGAUAUUGCCGACGAUCACUAUCAUCGCUACUUGGAAGAUAUUGAGUUGAUGCAUUCACUCGGCGUCAACGCUUACAGAUUCUCAAUAUCAUGGUCGCGAAUCCUUCCAAGAGGUCGGUUUGGAGAUGUUAAUCCAGUGGGAGUAGCCUUUUACAAUAGUCUUAUUGACGCCCUCGUCAGUAAAGGAAUACAACCAUUUGUUACAUUAAACCAUUUCGAUGUCCCGCAUGAACUCGAAGUUCGAUAUGGUGCAUGGUUGAGUCCAGAGAUAAAGAAAGAUUUUGCCUACUUUGCAGAAGUAUGUUUCAGGGAAUUUGGCGAUCGAGUUAAGUUUUGGACUACGUUUAAUGAGCCAAACCUUAUGAUUAAAUUUGGUUAUAUCAUUGGAAGGUAUCCUCCCGGUCGAUGUUCCAAACCUUUCGGGAAUUGUGGUCUUGGAAAUUCGUCAUUGGAACCGUACAUUGUAGCACAUAAUAUUUUACUGUCUCAUGCUAUCACGGUCGGUAUAUACAGAUCAAAAUACCAGGCCAAACAAGGUGGUUCUAUUGGAAUUGUGAUUAGCACAAUAUGGUAUGAACCACUGACAAAUACGACAGCGGAUCAUUUAGCUGCUCAAAGGGCUCGAUCAUUCGAAAAUGCAUGGUUUCUGGAUCCUUUAUUCUUUGGUGAUUAUCCUUCUGAAAUGCGCGAAAUAUUGGCUUCGAGUUUACCAACAUUCACUUCAGAAGAGAAAAAACUGCUGCAGAACAAAUUAGACUUCAUCGGCAUUAACCACUACAUGGCUCUGUAUGUCAAGGAUUGCAUGUUCUCUUCAUGCGCAUUGGACGGCUACAACGGAAACGCUUUAGUGUUCGCUACUGGAGAGAGAAAUGGCAUACCAAUCGGGGAACAGACUGGGAUGCCGCGCGCCUACGUCGUUCCUGACGGCAUCGAGAAGGCGGUCACGUACAUGAAGCAAAGAUAUAACAACACGCCAAUGUAUAUUACUGAAAAUGGUUAUGCUCAGCAGAUCAAUAGCAGCAUCACGGUAAACAAGUUAAUCGAUGACGUCGAAAGAGCGAAAUAUAUACAUGACUAUCUUGCUUCUCUGUCGUCGGCCAUCAGGGAAGGAGCUGAUGUUAGGGGCUAUUUUGUGUGGUCUCUGAUGGACAAUUUUGAAUGGUUAUUUGGUUACACUUUAAGAUUCGGACUCCACUAUGUGGAUUUUAAGACACAAGAGAGGAUACCCAAGUUAUCUGCUAGAUGGUACAAGAAUUUUCUGGAAGGUUCCAAUUUAAGGACUAACUGGGACUUCAAUUUACAAGAAGAUUCAAGUACUUAUUAGUCAAAUUUUGUACACUAGGUUAAUGCAUUUUAAUAUAGAUAUAUAUAUAUAUAUAUAUAAGUGUGUGUGGUAUAUUGUUGAAUUUGAUUAUGGUUUGAAAAUACCCAAACCUUUAACACUUUUCUAUUUGGAUCAAAUUUUCUCCCUUUUUUUGGGCUUAUUAAAACUUAGAUAGUACUUUUCAUGACA